CGAGGCGUCGGGAGGGCCUAGGUUCGUGUGCGGUGCCCUUCGGCCGGCCUGAGCCCCAGAGUCAGCUCCCCUUUCUCGCCCAGCGCCCCCAGGCCGCUCCCGGGGCACACGGAAUAAUACAGAAACACUGAAAACAGCUCCUGGUAGGGGGUGAAAAAAGGCCAGCACAGACCCCAUUUGGCUCACAUUCUGUUCAUCUGUUCCCUGAGCCUGAACGAUGACUGCUGAGUCAAGGGAAGCUACGGGUCUGUCCCCCCAGGCUGCACAGGAGAAAGAUGGCAUCGUAAUCGUGAAGGUAGAAGAGGAAGAUGAAGAUGACCACAUGUGGGGGCAGGAUUCCAGCCUGCAGGAGACGCCUCCUCCUGACCCAGAGAUAUUCCGCCAACGAUUCAGGCGCUUCUGUUACCAGAACACUUUUGGGCCACGAGAGGCUCUGAGUCGACUGAAGGAACUUUGUCAUCAGUGGUUGCGGCCAGAAAUAAACACCAAGGAGCAGAUCCUGGAGCUGCUAGUGCUGGAGCAGUUCCUUUCCAUUCUACCCAAGGAGCUCCAGGUCUGGCUGCAGGAGUACCGGCCCGACAGUGGAGAGGAGGCCGUGACCCUUCUGGAAGACUUGGAGCUUGAUCUGUCUGGACAGCAGGUCCCAGGUCAAGUUCAUGGGCCUGAGAUGCUUGCCAGGGGAGUGGUGCCUCUCGAUCCAGUUCAGGAGUCCUCAAGCUUUGACCUUCAUCAUGAGGCCACCCAGUCUCAUUUCAAGCAUUCAUCUCGGAAACCCCGCCUCUUGCAAUCCCGAGGUUGUGAAAACAAGAAUGAGAAUGAAGAGUCAACCUCAAAGGCUGAAGCUACAGAAGACUCAGCGUCACAUGGGGAAUCAGCAGGAAGAUUCCAGAAAGAGUUUGGAGAGAAACGUGAACAGCAGGGCAGAGUAGUUGAAAGGCAGCAGAGAAACCUUGAGGAGAAAACUGGAAAAGAGAAGAGAGAGUCAGGGCCUGCUACAGCCAAGGAAAAAAAACCCACCACAGGAGAGAGAGGCCCAAGGGAGAAGGGCAAAGGGCUGGGAAGAAGCUUCAGCCUGAGUUCAAACUUUAAUACCCCUGAAGAGGUUCCAACGGGAGCAAAGUCUCACAGAUGUGAUGAAUGUGGUAAAUGCUUUACAAGAAGCUCAAGCCUUAUCCGCCAUAAAAUCAUCCACACUGGAGAAAAGCCCUAUGAAUGUAGUGAGUGUGGGAAAGCCUUCAGUCUCAACUCCAACCUUGUCUUGCAUCAGCGAAUCCACACCGGAGAAAAGCCUCAUGAAUGUAACGAGUGUGGCAAGGCCUUCAGCCACAGCUCAAAUCUCAUACUGCACCAGCGCAUCCACUCUGGAGAGAAGCCCUAUGAGUGUAAUGAGUGCGGGAAGGCCUUCAGCCAGAGCUCAGACCUCACGAAGCAUCAGAGAAUCCACACUGGGGAGAAGCCCUAUGAAUGUAGCGAAUGUGGAAAAGCUUUCAACCGAAACUCAUACCUGAUUUUGCAUCGGAGAAUUCACACCCGAGAAAAGCCCUAUAAGUGCACUAAGUGUGGCAAGGCUUUCACCCGAAGCUCCACCCUCACUUUGCACCACAGAAUCCAUGCCAGAGAGCGAGCCUCAGAGUACAGCCCAGCUUCCCUGGAUGCGUUUGGGGCAUUCCUGAAAAGUUGUGUGUAAAGCAAGAAUUUGUCAUCAAGCCAUUUCCCUUUUUGUUUCUAAAAUUAUUUCAGAGAUGUGUGCCCAUGAAGGGAAAAAACAGCCUCAACAGAUUUCUUUUUAAAAAGUCACACCCAAGGAUCCUUAGAGUUACAUCAGCAGUGUUCUGCCUUUGUGUAGUCAGUCUGUAGGCAUGCAAUUCUUCCACAUAGCCCAUACAGGGAAAAGCUGGUCAGAUGGAUAAUCCAUACAAUAUUUCCACACAAGAUCAAAGCACAUGGAGUAAAUUGUCAAGUUUCCAGCAGUGAGGAUACUUGUAAGGCACUGUUGGACUUGCAGCAACCUCACCAUGUAAUUGACAGAUCAAGAUUGGCUCUGUGAUCAUGAUUCUGAGGUUAAGAAACCACUUGCUGUAAACAUGCUCUGCAUCUUGGCCAGCAUCUUACUUCUCCAAAAAGAGGAAUAGUUGAAACAAAAACUACAUUGGGACAUGCUGCUCAAGCUAGUUAUAUAUCCAUAAGUUACAUAUUUGAUCACUGGUAGCCUACCAAAGCUGUAGAAAUCUAGACUGUGCUGAUCAGUAUCAAACCAAAGAUUUCUAUCUCUUCCCAAAAGAGGGUUUGUGCACCAGUCUACAGUUCCAAAGGACCGCAACAAAUAUAGAUGGUUCUGUCCUCAUCACUGAAAUCAGUUCUAAUGAAAUAGCAAAGUGAUUCAAAACACUUCUCUCCCUUCUUGAAGUCCCUGAAGCACUGUAGCACUCCAAAAUUCAUUUCUCCAAAAGUGAGCACUUGAUUGUAUACAGUCUUUUUAAUUCUUCUUUGUUUCAUGUACAGAAGUUUUUAUCACACCCUGAAAGAGAUGCUUCAGUUGUCAAGGAAUGUAGUUAUAUUCCUGACAGCACAGCACUGGACAUUUAAAUGGCACUCCUGUGAUGACUUCUAAAAGCCCUGUGAAUCAGGAGACCUGAAAUAUGGUAGCCUGACCCAACUUUUAAAGAGGAUCUUGAGAGCCAAGAGGCAUGUUAAAACCUCUAGGAUUAAUGCUAUUUUUAUCCUAGAUAUAAACAAAAGAUGCUGGCGGGCUGCCCGCAUAGACUGUUUUAAACAUAGAUGAGUGAGUAAAUACCAUGGAAUGACAGAAAAUGACUCCAUUGUUACCAUCUUAAAGAAGAAAAAGUAUGAACGUUGACUAAGGUCAUUUUUUGACAUCUUUCCAUGGCAGAGAUUUUAGCCAUAAUUCUCUUCAGUAAACUGUGAAUAAUGUGAUGAUUUGGGCACUUUGUGAGUCAUUUGAUGCUUACAGAAAAUGUGUUGUUUUUUUUUUUUUUUAAUUAUUUUCAGAA